UCAUCAUGGUCCCGCACCGCAACCUCAACCACACAACACCGCCGUUCGGACCAUCAGGAGAAGUCACCUAACAUCUUAUCCUAUUAUGGAGUGCGACAUUUGCGGCAAGACCGCCACGUCUACAACACCCAUCCUAUGUAUCACCUGUGCCCGCUGCGCCAUCGAAGUCCCCCGCAUCGCGCUCGCCUCCGCCCUCAUCGACCGCGGCAAGACGGGUCGAGUCGUCCAAGCCGUCGUCGAGGGAUCGGAAGAUAAAGCAACGCAAUAUGUAUCCCUGGCCGAUUCCAAGGGAGGAUUGCUGGUGGAUCGAUCCGAAUGCACCAAGAACGCGGAUAUCCAGCGGAUGAGGGCGGAGACGGCGGAGCAUGAAGAGCGCAUCCAGCUUAUUGGUCAGCAGGCAGAGAAGCUGAGGGAGAAUAUGGAGGCGACGAGGAAGCUGUUGGAGGAGAGGAGGAGGGAGAUUGCGCAGCGGAAGUCGGAUAUCUCGUCUGCUACGUAUGGGAUUGAAGCGCGGAGGGCGAAUGAGGUGGACAAGGUGCAGCAUAGUAUCAAGAGGUUGGAAUAUAACCUUGACAAGGUGCAUAAGCAGACGAUGGAGGUGCGUAGGGAGAGGUGUGCGUCUCUUGCUAGGCUGGCGGGGCUAAAGAUGGGGAAGAGGAAGAUGAAGGAUGGGACUGUUAAGGAGGUGUAUACGAUCGGACCAGGCUCGAGGUUGAGAAUAUAUGAUCUUCGAGACCUCCAUGAUGCCUCAUCCGACAGCCUGUCAGCAUCCCUGGGCUUGGUUGCACAGCUCGUCGUUCGAGCGGCCUCGUAUCUUGGAGUCCGUCUUCCGGCCGAAAUCACGCUUCCUCACACCGACUAUCCGCUUGCCACGAUCUUCCGUCCGGCCUCGUCGUACCUGGGACAGAAGAUUCCCUUCCCGGGCGGAGGGCAAUCGACUGCGAACAGUCCGGAGGGCUCCCGCACUCUUGACGCUCACGCCAAUCUACCUAAACCGCGGUCGCUGUCCAUUGAUAGACCGCUGACGCAUCUAUCUGCUCAGGACACGCCUGCUUAUCUGCUGUUCAUCGAGGGGAUUUCCCUGUUGGCAUAUGAUGUUGCGUACCUCUGCCGGACGCAGGGGCUCAACGACGAGUUCAAUACAUGGGAAGAUGUCUCGCCCAUAGGCCGCAAUCUAUACCGUCUUUUAAUCGACCAAGGUAACGGAUUUGGUAAUAUCCUGGAUAUUCCCAGGACUGCGUCAAAGAAUCCCAUUGCGCGGAACACUGUCCGGUUUGGGGAGAUAUCGCAUGCUACGGCGCACUCGUUCCUCAACUCCGCGGAAUACGUGCAGUAUCUCGCCGGGUGGAAACUAUCUCCCACGAAGAUCGCCGACGGGCUUCGAGCGUACUUGCUCGCGGAGCAGCAGGCAUCGGAGUGGGAUGUGCUCUCUCAGAAGGAGUGGGAGGACAUGGAGGAUAUCAUUGCGGAGGAUCCUGUUGUGGUAGGGAUGAGACGGGGUGAGCUGGCUGGUGCGGGGGCAAGCCUGAGCGGUUCCCCGAGGGAGCGGAAUAGGGCAUCACUGGCAGGAGAGGCGCCUAGUGACUCGGGGAGGGAGGAGCGGAAGAAGGGGGUCAGUGGGUGGACGAAGCUGAAGAGCAGGAAUGGGGAGACGUGAUGCUGGGGUGAUAUCUUGAACGGCACCAUGUGGAGAGGAUGGUGCAGUGAAUCCA